AUGACCACCUCGCUGCGGGAUUUCACGGUACUGCAGAAGCUGGGCGAGGGCUCCUUUGGGCAGGUCUUUAGGGUACGCCGCAACCUCGAUGGCCAGGAGUACGCCCUCAAGAAGGUCAAGCUGGCCACCAUGCGCGAGAAGGAGCGGGAGAACGCGGUCAACGAGGUGCGUAUCCUGGCCUCCCUCAGCAACGAGUUCGUGAUCGGCUACAAGGAGGCCUUCUUCGACGAGUCUUCACAGGCGCUCUGCGUCAUCAUGGAGUUCGCGGGCGGUGGGGACAUACUCAAAUCAGUCGAAUCCCAUAAACGAGCCCGCACCAAGUUCCCCGAAAGCGAGAUCUGGCGAGCCCUGGCGCACAUGAUGAGCGGGCUCAAGACCCUCCACGACAACAGCAUCCUGCACCGUGACCUCAAGUGCGCCAACGUCUUCAGGACUGCCGCCGGAGUGUACAAGCUAGGCGAUCUCAAUGUGUCCAAGGUCAUGAAAAAGGGCCUUGCUCACACACAGACUGGGACGCCGUACUACGCCUCGCCGGAAGUCUGGCGGGAUGAGCCGUACGACGGCAAGAGCGAUGUGUGGUCGUUGGGCUGCGUACUCUACGAGAUGGCGGCUCUACGGCCGCCUUUUGAAGCCAGUGAUCUACAGGGACUCUACCGCAAGAAGUCGAUUGAGGCAGUUCGCAAGGAUGUACGAACUCCUCAGAUCCCUCUGGCCCCUCCGCUGAGGCCAACUCCCAGCUACCGGGCACUCAACAGCCCAAGCGCCCGUCCCCCAAACCCGAAUCCCGUUUCAAACAGACCAGGCUCUUCCCGCGAAAAGAAGCAUGACCCCCUUGACGACAUAAUCAAGGAAUACGAGAAUCUCAAGCAGAAGCGGGAAGAGAGGUCCAGGAGAGUUCAGAACGUGCUGGCCCGACAGCCCUCUAGAGAGAUGCUCAGAGACAGGAGCAGCAGCAGGAACUCUCGGGAUUUGGAAAGGAAACCCUCAGUGCGCUACAUGGGCAGGCAGCCUUCUCGGGAAAACUUGAAGGAGCCGACUCCCCGCCACCUGCCGCACUGCCACGCCAGACAUGACUCUGUCAAGGCUGUCCGCCGAGACAACUCCAUCGACUCACUGAACCGAGCCCGUUCCAGAAACGGCUCGCAGGACGCCCGAAGGAACAUCAGCGCCAUCCACGCCAGGGCCGAGGACGUGCUGACCGCGUGCAGAGAGACAACUCAAGACGUGACAUUUUGA